AUGGCCACUAAUAUUAUAAGUGAUCAUCCAUUAGCCGGCGCCGGUAGUUCUUCAGGUGGCGAGAAGAAGGGUUUGAAGGUUCUUAUCGCCAUUGACGAAAGCGGUGAAAGCUUCUACGCCCUCCAAUGGGCUCUCGAUCACCUCUUCCCUUCCCUGCCCGGUAUUGGCGCCACCGUCGUGGAAUCUAGGCGUGAAGUUGGGAUGCUGACUAUCAUGAAUGUCAUAGAGCCUUUCCAUCAAUACAUCCUCCCCGCCGGACCUGCUGGUUAUAGUUCAAAUUUGGAAUCUGUAAGGAAGGCGCGAGAAGAGAGUGCAGGAGUUUUACUUGCUCAGGCGCUUCGAUUGUGCAAGGAUAAGAUGGUUAAGGUGGAAACUUUGAUUGUGGAAGGUGAUCCAAAGGACAAGAUAUGUGAGGCUGGAGAUGAAAUGCAUGCAGAUCUGCUUGUUCUUGGCAGCCGUGGACUUGGAAAGAUCAAAAGGGCAUUCAUGGGAAGUGUGAGUGAUUAUUGUGUUCAUCAUGCAAAGUGCCCCGUUCUCAUUGUUAGACCACAGCCACAUGCCAAAUAG